AUGGCGAACCUCCAGACCCCACAGACCCAAAGUUCCCAAAGCUACUCCAACGUUACCCAGGCUGACUGCUUCCCAAAGAAAGACCAGACCAUUAUUAUAGAUGUAUUAGACAACACACAGUUGAAGGACUACAAUCAAGCUCUGGCCAAAGUCAUACCCCCAGCACUGAUAAGAUUCGUCUCAAGAAUCGCCAACAACCGCGUUUAUGUUUACGUUGCCACAAAGGAAUUAGCAGAUGAACUUGUAGACAAACACAAAGUAAUUAAAAUAAACGACCAACUAGUACCAAUAAGACCACUUAUUACCAGGAAUAAAAGAAUAAUACUAUCAAAUGUCUGCCCAGUCAUCCCCCACCACGUGCUCAUAGACAAACUAAAAGAUCUUAACAUUAUCCCUGCCUCACCGAUAACAUUCCUCCGAGCCGGACUAACAGAACCAGGAUUUAACCACAUACUAAGCUUCAGAAGACAAUUAUAUGUAACCCCCGAUGAUGUCAAUAAAAUUCCAGAGUCAUUACAAAUCACUUUCGAAGAAACGAAAUACUGGAUUUAUUUAACAACUGACACGAUGACAUGCUUUCUCUGUAAACAAGAAGGACAUAUUGCUAAGCAAUGCCCAAACUCUAACAAUAAAGACACCCUCGAAUCUUACCACACUACUAGAGAAAUUGACAACAAUAACCUGCCACACCAAAUGGCACCUAACACUGAAUCUCUCUUGCAGACAACAUCCACAUCUAACCUAGUAAACUCUGAAAGCUCCUUCAAAAUUCACCCUCGACCUCCAUCCAGCGGAACCCCCUCGGUGCAAGCUAACCCAAAUAAAGCAAACAUGACCACUGCAUACAUGCCUCCUCCUUUAAUCUCAAGACAAAUAGAAGGACAAAAAAGAGCACACUCCAGCACCAUAGAGUCGACGUCAACUGAGUUCGCCAUGCUAAAUGAGAUGGAGGGGGAUUCUGACAACUCCAGCGUGGCUAGUGAUCUAGAAGGUAACUGGAUCAUGCCAAAACUCAGAGGGACUAAGAAGAAGCCCAAAACAGACAUCAGAACAGAUGAACAAGUCUGGGAAGACUUAAACAAUGAAUUCAAAAACCCGCCAGAAAGCUUCCCUCUAAGUCUGACACAGUUCAGAAAUUUGAUAGACUCUGCGAAAGGUCAACACAAUCAACCGACCAAUGUGUUCCCAAGUCUACUGGAACUGCAAAGAAAAAGAAAGUACCUUGGUGGAACAAAACUUGCUCUACAGCCUUCAAAGAGGUUAAAAUUGCCAGAAAACAAAGCAGAAUCAAAGCAACAAAAAAAGCUGCAACUAGAUGGAACUGAAAUAAACAAAAAAUCAUCUAUAAAGAUCUUAGGAAUGGCGAUAAAAACGGAGACACGGAAUUAUUGGAACAAUCACUGGAACCAAAAAAACACCCAACUUAAGAAAAUAAGGAAAACUGUUGAUGAUAUAUUCCCUGAGGUCUCCAUCUCUAGAAAAGACCAGGUGAAAAUUGUCCGAUUGAGGAUCGGUCAUACGCUGAUUACCCACCAAUGGAUGUUGAACAAAGAGAACCAACCUAAGUGUGACAAAUGUAACACUGAGCUCACCACCGAACAUAUUCUCCUGGAGUGCACCACUGGAACGAGGACCAGAGCCGACUUGAAUCUACCUAACAACAUUGAAGACUGUCUAAAUACACGGGGAGGGAUCCUAAAAACGAUAAAAUUUCUGAAAAAAAUUAAUUUAUAUAAUAAAAUCUAA